GCAGGAAGCUCGCGCCGUCACCCGCUCCCCGGACGCGGACGCGUCCAGGACCCACUGCGCUGCGAGUCAUCCCCGGCCCCGGCGUGCGCCCCAGACACGGUGACGCCGGUCCGCGCGAGACUCCUCCUCUCACCGCGACCCUACCAGGCCCCGCAGCCCGGCUGCCCCAGCCAUGGACGCCCCGGAGCCGCAGCCCGACCCCGACGGUGGGGACGGCCCAGGCCACGAGCCUGGGGGCAGUCCCCAGGACGAGCUGGACUUUUCCAUCCUCUUCGAUUAUGACUAUCUGAACCCCAUCGAAGAAGAAGAGAACGCACAUAAGGCCAUCAGCUCACCCUCCGGAUUCGCAUACCCGGAUGAUGUCCAGGACUAUGGCCUCAAGCCAGUCAACCCCCUCGCCAGUUUCUCUGGCGAGUCCCCUGGCCGGUUCGGAGAGCCGGAUAGGAUAGGGUUCCAGAACUUUCUGAGUCCGGCCAAGCCAGCAGGGGCUUCGGGCCCGAGCCCUCGGAUCGAGAUCACUCCAUCCCACGAACUGAUGCAGGCAGGGGGGGCCCUCCGUGGGAGAGAUGCCGGCCUGCCCCCCGAGCAGCCGGCCCUGGCCCUGGCCGGCUUGGCUGCCAGCCCGAGGUUCACACUGCCCGUGCCCGGCUUCGAGGCCUACCGCGAGCCGCUUUGCUUGAGCCCCGCUAGCAGCGGCUCCUCUGCCAGCUUCAUUUCUGACACCUUCUCCCCCUACACCUCGCCCUGCGUCUCGCCCAAUAACGCCGGGUCCGACGACCCGUGUCCCCAGUUUCAAAACAUCACUGCUCAUUAUUCCCCCAGAACCUCUCCAAUAAUGUCACCUCGAACCAACCUCACCGAGGACAUCCUGGGCCGACACUCGCCCGUGCCCCGUCCGGCAUCCCGCUCCUCCUCACCCGGUGCCAAGCGGAGGCAUUCGUGCGCAGAGGCCUUGGUUGCCCCUCUGCCCGCAUCCUCACCCCAGCGCUCCCGGAGUCCCUCGCCACAGCCCUCGCCUCACGUGGCACCCCAGGACGACGGCAUCCCCGCUGGGUACCCCCCCACGGCUGGCUCUGGUGUUCUCAUGGAAGCCCUCAACAGCUUGGCCACUGACUCGCCCUGCGGGGUUCCCUCCAAGAUAUGGAAGACCAGUCCUGACCCGACUCCCGUGUCUACCGCCCCGUCCAAGGCGGGCCUGGCCCGCCACAUCUACCCUGCUGUGGAGUUCCUGGGGCCAUGUGAGCAGGAGGAAAGGAGGAAUUCCGCUCCCGAGUCCAUCCUGCUGGUACCACCCAGCUGGCCCAAGCAGCUGGUGCCAGCCAUUCCCAUCUGCAGCAUCCCUGUGACUGCAUCCCUUCCUCCACUAGAGUGGCCACUCUCCAAUCAGUCAGGCUCCUAUGAGCUGCGGAUCGAGGUCCAGCCCAAGCCUCAUCACCGGGCCCACUAUGAGACGGAGGGCAGCCGUGGUGCUGUCAAAGCCCCGACAGGAGGCCACCCUGUGGUGCAGCUCCACGGCUACAUGGAGAAUAAGCCCCUGGGACUUCAGAUCUUCAUUGGGACAGCCGAUGAGAGAAUCCUAAAGCCGCAUGCCUUCUACCAAGUACACAGGAUCACAGGCAAAACCGUUACCACCACCAGCUAUGAGAAGAUUGUGGGCAACACCAAGGUCCUGGAAAUCCCCCUGGAGCCAAAGAACAACAUGAGGGCCACCAUCGACUGCGCUGGCAUCCUGAAGCUUCGAAACGCCGACAUCGAGCUGCGGAAGGGCGAGACAGACAUCGGCAGGAAGAACACACGAGUGCGCCUGGUGUUCCGUGUGCAUGUCCCGGAACCCAGUGGCCGUGUCAUCUCUCUGCAGGUGGCAUCCAACCCCAUCGAGUGCUCUCAGCGCUCUGCCCAUGAGCUGCCCAUGGUGGAGAGACAAGACGUGGACAGCUGCCUGGUCUACGGGGGCCAGCAGAUGAUCCUCACGGGCCAGAACUUCACGGCGGAGUCCAAGGUGGUGUUCAUGGAGAAGACCACAGAUGGGCAGCAGGUCUGGGAGAUGGAAGCCACGGUGGAUAAAGACAAGAGUCAGCCUAACAUGCUUUUUGUUGAGAUCCCCGAGUAUCGGAACAAGCACAUCCGAGUACCCGUAAAAGUGAACUUCUACGUCAUCAACGGAAAGAGAAAACGAAGUCAGCCACAGCACUUUACCUACCAUCCAGCCCCUGCCAUCAAGACAGAGCCCGACGAGUAUGACCCUUCUCUGAUCUGCAGCCCUGCCCAUGGAGGCCUGGGGAGCCAGCCGUAUUACCCACAGCACCCAAUGCUGGCUGAGUCCCCCUCCUGUCUCGUGGCUACCAUGGCCCCCUGCCAACAGUUCCGCUCGGGGCUGUCAUCCCCCGAUGCCCGCUACCAGCAGCAGAGCCCCGCGGCCGCUCUCUACCAGAGGAGCAAGAGCCUGAGUCCAGGCCUGCUAGGCUACCAGCAGCCGGCCCUCCUGGCAGCACCCUUAGGCCUGGCCGAUGCCCACCGCUCUGUGCUGGUGCAUGCUGGUUCCCAGGGCCAGGGCCAGGGCCAGGGUUCCACCCUGCCGCACACAUCCUCGGCUAGCCAGCAGGCCUCGCCCGUGAUUCACUACUCACCCACCAACCAGCAGCUGCGAGGCGGGGGGCACCAGGAGUUUCAGCAUAUCAUGUACUGUGAGAACUUCGGCCCUGGUUCUGCCAGGCCUGGCCCACCUCCCAUCAACCAAGGCCAGAGGCUGAGCCCAGGUUCCUACCCCACAGUCAUCCAACAACAGACUGCCCUGAGCCAAAGAGCUACCAAAAACGGACCCCCAGUCAGUGACCAGAAGGACGCUAUGCCCACUGGAGUGACAGUCAAACAGGAACAGAACCUGGACCAGACCUACCUGGAUGACGAACUGAUAGACACACACCUUAGCUGGAUACAAAACAUAUUAUGAGACCGAGUGACUGGUCUUUGAUCCGAGAAAUCAAAGUGAAAGUUAAUGAAAUCAUCAGGAAGGAGUUUUCAGGACCUGCCCCCCGAAAUCAGACCUAGAAACAGCCAUUAUCGCAAGACGCCUUCCAUCUUGGACUCCUUCUGUCUCCCCCUGCCUUCUCUGACUAGAACACUGUGUGGGCACAGCGCAGGCUGUUGGUGUAGGAGGCUGCUGCUUCUCAACGUUCAGCUCAGCUGAUGUCCAUGGUGACUGGAUGAAAAGCCACUGCCUGCUGACCAAAGCCCCAUUCUCAACUCACCAGGAAACUGAACUUGCCAGAGACCCGGAAGCUGGCCUGGGGGAGAGAACUGGGGAACUUCGAUAGAGCCCCAGCCUACGGACAUGGCUCCUCUCUCUCUUGAAGGGUGUUUAGACAGAGCAACCAAAAGAACAUGGCCCAACUUUUGGGCUCGAGAACCCCAAUCUCUGCAGGAGCCAAAACCGGAGCGUCUCAUCUCUGCCCCAGCUGGGCCAUAGCAGAGCUUUGUUUGUUUUCAGUCUUCUUUCCGAAGCCAAACUGCCUUGCCCUGACAGGACCACCUGUUCCAACUCCCGGCCUUAAGUUAUAACACGUGUACAUUGUUUGCCAGCUUCUGGGCCUUUGUUUUGUUUUUCUCUGCUUCAAAGAGCCAACCAAGGAGUCCACAGGCUGGGCCCUCUCAGCCAGCUCCUCCCUAACCCUGCCGCCUGCACCAGACCUCUGGUGGGAUCCAGCCCGGGCUGCCUGUUGAGAACAAAACUUCCCAAUGCUCCUCUCCACCCUCCUCCCAGACAGAGCCUCCUCCUCCCCGGAGCCGGAAGAACCUUCUGGGUCCUUGCAUUGACUGUUACAGAGCUGAAGCCACCUAACCCAAUCAAAACCUGCAGGUGUUUGUCAUGACUGCCACCACACAGAACGACGGGGCUGAAAUCUCCCCCUACCCUAAACUCAAAGCCGGAGCGUGCUGGCAUAGCCCCAUGGUUCUGUUCUUGCCUAGAUGCACAUCACAUCACUGUGGAAUCCGAGAUGCUGCCACGUGAGCUGCACGUAACUCAGACAGAUCUGCCCCAGCAUGUGCCUUUGUGUGAUCGAGGCCGGCUCGUGUGUCCUGUGGUGUCCUCUGCUCUCACACCACAGGUCUCCACAGUCUUCCUCCCCUGGUGCAUUUUUUUUUUUGGUUUUCAUUUUUUGUUUUUCCUUCCAACAGAGCCGCUUGUCUUCACCGCAGAUGCCCCUCUACACAUUGGGCAGGCAUGUCAAUGACUUUCUUGGCUCUGUCUGCUAGGUAGAGGGCCCGAAUAGCAAGCCACAGUGGCUAAAGACCCAUGAUGGGUUUCUCACACUCUGGCUUCGACAAGGCCGUCCCAGGGUAAACCUUCUUGGGAGCUGAGCCAGCUAUGGCUGGUUCUCCAGACAGAGACCCAUACCCAGGGCUCAGCGUGAGCAUGAAAGUGUGACUUCUUGGCUAAUACAGCCUUUCUUCCCCCUAGCAGCAACACCGGGCUUCCCUCCACCUACCCCAAGCAUACACCGGAGCGGGAUUCUCUUUUGAACCCAGAAUGUCCACAGGCAGUUGGGCACUAAGCCUCUGGUCCGAGGCACUUCCUAAACAAAGGAAGCCUCUGUGAAGCAAUACCCACUUCUCUGGGGAAGGGUGACAAGGGCUUGGUGAGAGAUCAGUUCUCACUUGCCCUGGCUGGGAGCCACUUUUUGCACAUGAGGAAUAGGGCCCUUCCUCGGAUUAUCUCAAUGUUUUACCCAAGUGCCUUCCUGCAAUUGUAGUGAACAGUUCAGCUGCAUUGUGUAUGGUGUGAGAAAGGGCUAACUCAUUUCCUAUUCAUCUUCUAACCAUGUCAGCAAGAGGGCUUCCCGUAGUUCAGACUCCUGUACCUGUGUGUGUGUGUGUGUGUGCAAGAGGGUUUCCCAUAGUUCAGACUCCUGUACCUAUAUCUGUAUGUGCGCAUGUGUGCAAGAGGGCUUCCCAUAAUUCAGACUCCUGUGUGUGUGUGUGUGCGCGCGCAAGAGGGCUUCCCAUAAUUCAGACUCCUGUGCCUGUGUGUGUGUGUGUGUGUGUGUGUGUGUGCACGUGCACAAGAGGGCUUCCCAUAGUUCAGACUCCUGUGCCUGUGUCUGUAUGUGCACAUGUGUGCAAGAGGGCUUCCCGUAGUUCAGACUCCUGUGCCUUCAUGCUUGUAUGUGUGUGUGCGCGCGCCCUUCCCCCUAGACUACCUUAGCUGAGUAGUCUAAGAAACCUUCUCAUACACAAGUAGAUCAGGAAGCCAGAAGAGAACGUCGCAUUUGUUCCCAGACAGGCCAGAGAAAGUAUACGAGCAGCAGGCAGCGAUCCAAGGAGGUUUGGUCAGUCGCAGACACUAGAAGGAAACUUCACUGGUAGUGAUGGCUUAUACACCAUUCCCAGAGUGAGAAGAUGUAGUCUGAUCUAAGUCCGUGAGGAAAAUGUGCCUGAGUAGUGAGGGUGGGUGUGUUGUAUGUGAGUCUGAAGGGUUGAAGCAGAGAUGUGUCCUUGUGAAUCCACGGUGACGUUAGUGUGGCACUCGGACGGUUUCGUCUUGCUGAACGUGGUACUUAACUCUUCAAAGUCCGCACAUCUGCCUGAUUGUACAAAGACAGCUGCUGGGAAGUAUAUAUAUCCACCCAGAUUAGGAUGGUAUUAAAUUCUAUUUUCUUACCUGGAUUUUGGCGCUUUUUAUCUGCCCUCAAAAUAUCUCAUCCCUGUUGGAGUUAGAACAUAUUUAUAAAUGGUCAGAUGUCCUUUUAAGUUUUUUUUAAACAUAUAUAUCUUGAUUUUCUGUAAGAGAAAUGGUGUAUUCUUGAAUUGUUUUCUCAUUCCAGAAAAACAAAUCCAAAGGCUUGGCUUGGGUCCUCAUCAGGACCUCGGGAUAGGAGAGAGGGAACUGGGACGAGAGAGCAUCUUUUUCUUGCUUGAGAAAGAUACCGACUCCUUCGACCUCAAGCCUGGGUUGUCCCUGAGAAUUGUACACAAAGGGUUUAGUAGGUGGUUUUGAUUUAAAGCCACCAAAUCCUGUCUUUUCAUGGACUGACAAGAUCCUAAAGGCAGGCUGAUGCUGUCGGAACCAACCGUGUGGAGUUCUCACAGGUGGCCCCAUGUACGGCAUCCAAAGGACAGCCACCUUUUGUCUAGUACAUCAUAGCCAUGGACAAAGUGAGUUGGUUACUCCCAAGACCUGGGAUAGCUUGUUCACGUCCAGUGGUCUGGUCCUCUGUCGCAUCACCACCAACCCUCAGCCACCAGUGGCACCGCCACACAGAGAGGUCGGAAGCAAUGUACUUUGAUCGUCACUCAGAACCAAAGAGAGACUGAGUUGGUUUGGUUUUGCACCACAGCGCUCAGCACUGACAGACUGUGGGGGAGCUACUGUGUCCAUUAGGCACUCGGGAAAAGACACAGGGGUGGCCAGGCCAGGAUAGACAUUACUGAACUCUGCGGGAAGGGCAGCCUUGAGGAACCUGACACACCUUCGCCGGUGGCUGGCGGCUCCCAACUUUGGCCAUCAUGGACCCAAACCAGCCAGUUGCAGAGCGAGAGCUUCUCCUGCCCGCUGCUAAAAUGAGGCAACAUCACCUUCACCGCUGACCAACUCACCCGUGCCUUGACAUACAGCCGCCAUCCUCGUCUUAACCCGGUUCGUUUACACCUAACAUAACUCCAGUGUUGGGCAAGAGCAGUGCUUCCCUGAGCGGGCCCCUCUGGGAUCACAGAGGGGACCUGGCAGUCAAAGGGUUAAUACUGUCUCUACGCAGCCCCUGAGGCAGAUGGGAAUAAAUUCCCUGCCCUUUCAAGUUUUGGGUGGACUGGGUGCUGAUGGUGCUGUUGCUGUGACUAGGAGCCGCAGUGUUCUGGUUGGCCAGAGCAUACUGUGGGAGCAUCCCAGACAUCCUAACAGAGAAGCCCCUGCUCCCCGUCACCUCUCAGCUCUCACAGUCUCGCCAUCCUAGAGGUUGACCCGGUUAUGCCUGAAGACCAGGGUUUGGGGAAAACUCCCGACUGUCUUGAGGAGUCAGAAUAUAUCGCAUUCCUAUGCAAAACAAUUUUAAUCUCCAGUUUCAUGUAGUUUAUUUUUGCUAUAUGUAAAGUAUUUUUAUACGGCUUGUAUGAUGACAGCUUAGCAAUAAAACAGUUGAGAGCAA